AUGCUGUUCGCUACUCUGCCGUACGGGGAUAUCUACGCCUCCGUCGUAAAGCGUCGAGCUCGAGAGCGCGGCAGCGGCGACGACCUCGAAGCUGUAGCGAAUGGCCGCAGCUGGCGGCGAUCACAGAGACUGGUGUUUGAGACUCUGGGCAUGAGCGCUGGAUUUGUCAUCUCGGGGAAUAUGGUGUAUUGGGUUCUGGCCGGCCUCUCUCUAUCUGCCCAUAGACCCCUGGAGUAG